AUCAAGGACCAGACUUUAAACUGUAUACAGCUGAUUUGCGUAAUGUCACAGCCUGCAGGGUCUUCCUGCAAAUGAUAAGGGCCAGUUUAUGUACAGUAAGUCAACAACUAGAGACCUUUGACUAGUUAUGCUUACUUUCUGUGGGAGUAGAUCUCUUAUAAAAAGGUGAUUCUACAGAAGUCCUGGAUAUUGGCGAAAGGCUGAGAUUUUACAAUGAGGGCUUUUCUGUUGUUGGUCUUAUGUCUGUUUGGCACAUGGACCCAAGUAGAGAACCAGGCAGCUAACGACAGUGUACAGACCAGUGACCAGACAACCAGCACAGACCUACGCUGCCGGGAUGAGCUGCGGGACAUGCUGGUGGAGCAGAGGGUGCAGCUUCAGAAUACCAGAGCUGAACUACAAACCCUGAGAGACAAAGUGGCCAAGUUGGAAAAAAACAAUGCAGAUUCGAAGGUGGCUUUCUCUGCUUCUUUGUCUACUGGAAGUACUGGACCAUUUAAUACUGAAACUCCACUUGUCUACAAUAAAGUGUUAACAAAUAUAAGUGGAGGCUACAACAAAAUUACAGGUAUUUUCAUGGCACCAGUGAAAGGAGUGUACUACUUCAGAUUCACUGCCUUCAACAAGGGUGGAGAGUGGAUGGGAGCAAAUCUGUACCACGAUGAUCAAAAAAUUCUGUCUAAUGGUGAGCGGAGUACUGGACAUGGCUUUAUGGCAAACGCAUUGAUUCUGCAGAUGGAGAAGGGAGGUUUGGUUUAUAUGCGUCUCCCAGAAAACUGUGUGCUUCAUAAUGACCACAACACUUUAAACACGUUUAGUGGGUUCUUGUUGUAUGCGCUCUGAUGAACAUAUGGUUAAACAUCUUGAGCACUGGUUAUAUGUCACUAAAAUGGCUAAACUUUCCAAGUGUACGCAUUUCCCUGACCAUGUUCAUCAUAAACCAGGCAAAUCCAAUAAAAAGGUCUUGUGAUGCUGUAUGCACGUCUUCUUUUCUGCUGUAAUGGGUCACAUGUUCAUGUAAGGCAUUAUCAGCAAUGAACUGUGGGGAGUCAACGUGUCAACGCACAGGCGGACUAGCGGGCAGAGCGGUGCCGCCACCCCUAACAUCUGGGCUGAGCUCAGGAAGUGAGCUGGCAUGAAAAAUAGAACAGAGGGUGGAGCUGCCUGUCAAGCAGGCUCUCACUUCAAUGCCACAGAGACAAAGUGUCUGAUAUGAAGAGUGAGAGCCGAGACAAAUAAUAUAUCGAAUCAAAUGACAGGGCUGGAAACACACCGUGCUCCCUUCAAAUCGACACACAUCUGCGACGCGGUGGGUGGAUGUGCUCUGAAUCGAGCCCCUUUCAUUUAAUGGCUGUGACAUGUUUAAAAGCAGCUGCACACUCAGACCUUUAAGCUAAGUCGCAGCACAUGGGAUGAGUAGACAGCUGUUGUGUUUCUCAGCACAGGGGCAUUGCAGGGUUGUGAAGACCCCAUCAGCAAGCACCCCAGAUUAAAGUUUCU